AUGAGCUUCAGUGGAAAUAGUGAUGAAAUUGUGUGGCAAAUUAUUGGUCAACAAUUUUGCGCGUUCAAGAUUAAAACCAACAAAGCCCAAACAUUCUGCCGAAAUGAGCACAAUGUUACAGGUCUCUGUAACCGUCAGUCAUGUCCUCUCGCGAACUCGAGAUACGCUACAGUCAGGGAGCAUCAAAACCGAUUGUACUUGUUGAUCAAAACCCCAGAAAGGGCCCAUCUCCCAAGCAAACUUUGGCAACGUUACAAACUACCCAGCAAUUACUCCAAGGCAUUGUCCAUGAUAGACGAGAAGCUUAUAUAUUGGCCUAAUUUCCUCAUUCACAAGUGCAAGCAACGUCUCACCCGCUUGACACAGGUUCAGACUCGCAUGCGUCGCAUUGCCGCCGAGGAGGAGCGGUUGGGUGAAAAGCUUGUCCCCAAAAUGGCCCCUAAGAUCAGACACCGUGAGCAGGCCCGUGAGCGCAAGGCCGAGGCGGCUGCUAAGCUGGAACGAACUAUUGAGCGCGAGCUUGUUGAGCGUCUUCGACAGGGUGCUUACGGCGAUCAGCCCCUCAAUGUCAGUGAGUCUAUCUGGAAGAAGGUUCUCAAUGCCAUGGAGCGCGACGGCGAGGGCCAACGUGACAAGGACCUGGACAAGGGCCUUGACGAGAACGGCGAGGAGGCUGAAUGGAGUGAGGAGGAAGACGACAACCUGGAGAACCAGGUUGAGUAUGUUUCCGAUAUUGAGGAGAGCGACGAGGAGCUCGGCGACCUUGAGGACUGGCUCGAGAGCGAAAACGAGGAGGAGGACGAAGAGGAUGAUGAUGAUGAUGACAGCGAAGAGUCCGAGACCGAGAAGUCUGGCGCCAAGCGAAAGCGUGGACGAGCCAUCAAGAUGAAGAACAAGAAGCCCAGACAGGAGGAGAAGGAGAAGCUGAUGCUCACCAACGAUCUUACAUGGUAA